GUUGUUUUUAAAAAAAAAAAAAGAAGAUGUUUUUAUUGGAUAUUCAUGUGACCUGAAGAGGCUGCUGCCUUUAUGGACGGUUAUAACAUCAACCUGGUGGGACAGAGCGAUUGAGGCACUGCCUGGGCUGUGGACUCUGCAGAGCUGUGUAAACUCAUUCAUCCUUCCUCCGUCUGUUCGCUGCCUCUGAUUCAUCUGAGCCAUGAGCCAGACUCCUACACUCAGAAGCCUCCUCUUUUUCUUUGGGUUGUAUGGGAUCUGUUCAGGACUCCUACAAGUGGAAGGGAACUGUACCAACUACCAACUCCAGUUUGAGAAAGUUUUCUCCGUUCCCGGGGAAAUGGCGAUGCUGAACAGCACCUUGGUGUCUCCAGAAGUCUUCGACUUCCACACCGUCCCGUACAACAUCACCUGGUACGACUCGAAGACGGGAGAAGAGAUAAGCGACCAGCCGGGUCGAGUCCUCGUGCGAGGGAACACUCUGUGGUUUCUGAAAAUAACGCUGGACGACAACGGGGAAUAUGUGACCAUACUGAGAACUCCUUUUCGGUGCUACAGACAGGCCACCAAGCUGGUCGUUGAUCUGCCUGGAGAGUGUGGGAGGCCUCAUAAAAGUGGUCAAAUUCUCACAAAAGGCGUCAAUGACAACCUGUCCUGUCCUCUAAAGAACUACAUCUAUAAACUGGACAGCUACAACAUCAGCUCCUCCAUCACGUGGCACAGAGGUUGUGAGCCCAUAGUUCAUGGAAAAGGUAAAUAUGUCUUCUUGACCAAGACCAUGCUGCUGAUCAACAAGGUGAACGCUCAAAACAACCACACCUACACCUGCACUCUGAACUUCACCCUCGGAGGCGUCACGGGAUCCGUGUCGGAGACGAUUGACGCAUGGGUCAGAGAAGAGCACUCAAUGGUUCCACAAGUUCAUGAACCAACCAAUGGAACAAUCAGUGCACAGAUAGGAAGCAGUUUCAGCCAGUUGUGCAGUGUCUUUGUUCCGGGUGUUGGGUUGCCCUUCGUUGACAUCUUUUGGUCUGCCAAAUCCAACAUCAUCGAUGGCUCCGCCCCCUCCGACCGUGUCUACACAACAGUCCAUCCGUUUAGGUUCCAAGAGGUUCCCAUCAAAGGUGUUUGGAUGGAGCUUGUGUUGACAUUUACUGAGCUGAGGGAGGAAGAUUUCAACAUCACUUUCACUUGUCAAGCGCAGAGUGGCCGUGGCCAUCCUCAAGCAUAUUUUAUUUUGAUGCCACCAGAUCCAAACAUCCUGAUUCCCAUCGGUUCCGUGUUUGGUUGUUUGAUGGUUUUCUUCAUCAUCAGUGUCGUCGUCUACUACAUGUUCAAGGUCGACAUCGUGCUGUGCUUCAGGAAAGUGUUUCCAGUCCUCUACACCAAUAAAGAUAUGGAUGGGAGGCUGUACGACGCCUACGUGUCAUACCCGCAGUCCUGUGCCAUCGGAUUCAGCGAGGAGGUGGAGACGUUUGCUCUCCACAUUCUGCCACAAGUGUUGGAAAAGGCCUGUGGCUACAAACUCUUCAUAGCAGGCCGUGACUGUGUCCCCGGGCAGGCCAUAAUUGACGCAGUGGAGGACAAUAUACAAGCCAGCCGGCGCCUCCUCCUGCUCUACACAGCCUCCACUUUCACCAGCAAAAGACACACAAGCAGCACGAGCAGCAACAAUAACAACCUCUCUAAGAACAACAACAGCAAAGACAACGGCGAAACGAAGACCGACGACGGAGGGAGCGAAAGUGAGGAACUCUAUCCAGACACGAGGCAGAAUUUGGAUUUGCUGCUAGCAGUACACAAAACGCUAAUGGAGGGAUCGCUCAAGGUGGUUCUGGUUGAGUUGGAAGAGAUCACCCCAGCUCAGCUGGCUCUCUUCCCGGAGUCGGUGCGACACCUGAGGAAGAAGCAGGGCGCCGUGUGUUGGUGGAAGGAGCAGAGGACGAGGCAAAGGAGGAGGACAUGUAUGACGAGGAGAAAGGAUGAGGAGAAGGGUGAACAGGACGCAAAGAUGUCCCCGUCCCUCUCUCCGUCCUCCAGGUUUUGGAAGGAGAUUAUGUAUAAUAUGCCAGUGAGGGGCAAGAGGGCGGCCCACCCCAAGAAAACCACCCUGUUGAACUUAUGAUGGGCUCAUGAUAAAACUGUGUUGUCACCAGAAGGUGUGAGGUGAACACUCCGGAGCACACGAUGCUGCUUUCCUUCAGCUCACGUACCUUUUCAUAGUUGGAUCGUAAAGCGUCUGUGGAGGAUUCCAGUCUGGAUGCUCCUUUGUUUGCCUGCAACAGAAGAACUGUUUAUAUUCCAAAGCAGCUGGAGACUGAAGAAUAACCUGGAUAAAGAAGUACUGAUCAAACACGAUCAUCAUGUAUAAAAGUGAAAUGUACAUAUGUAAAAUGAAAUAUGUAAAAAAAGAAAUCAACUGUGAAUUUUUCAUGACGUGUAAUUUCUUUGUUUUCUUGCAUCAAGGCACAACACAAGGUUCUCAUUAAAAAUG